AUGGCCGUGCACGCGCAGUACCUGUCCCGUGCCUCCCCCCAUGACCACCGCGCCAUCAGGCCGGCGCUGGAUAACGCAACGAGCGCGUCAGCGUUCCGCGGCGAGCCCGGCGGCGGCGGCCACCCGCUUGCCGCCGCGGUGGGGGGCGGUAACACAGUGCUCAGCGACCUCACCUGCAACAACAACAGCAGCAACGACAACAACGGUUGCUUCUUGCCCAGGAAGCGCGCGCGGGUUGGCGACGUGGCCGGCGCCGGCGUGGGCUUGAUCAUGGACCUGCAAGGCCAACGCGCUCUGCUGCCGCCAGUGCCGGCGCAGGUACCGGUGCUGCUGCCCGCGGGAGACGUGCAGAGCAGGCUGCUCUGCUCUGCCGCCGCGUCCACCAGUGGGCGCCCGCCCAGCAGCGUUGCGCCGGUGUCGCAGGGCCUCCUGUCGCUCCUCUACCGCCACGGCGUCGAGAUUGACGCGCUCGUCCGCAUCGAGAACGAGAGGCUGCGAGCGGGGCUUCAGGAGGCGCGGCGCCGGCACGUCCGAACGGUGGUGUCGGCGGUGGAGCGCGCGGCGGCGCGGCGCCUGCGGGCGGCCGAGGCCGAACUGGAGCGCGCCCUGGUGCGCAAUGCGGAGCUCGACGCGAGGCUCCGGCAGACCGAAGCCGAGGGGCAGGCGUGGCAGGACAUCGCCAGGUGCCACGAGGGCGUCGCGGCGGGCCUACGCGCCACGCUCGACAACCUCAUGCAGACGCAGUCGCCAUACGCCGGCGCAGGGGCUGGCGAGGGCGACGCCGAGGACGCGCAGUCGUGCUGCUUCGAGUUGGGACAGGAGCAGGGCGAGGGCGCCGAGGCGUCCGGCGGCGGGCGGACGAGGGCGUGCAGGUGGUGCGGCGCGGCGGAGGCGUGCGUGCUGCUGCUGCCGUGCCGGCACCUGUGCCUGUGCCGCGGGUGCGAGGCGGGCGUCCAGGCGUGCCCCGUGUGCGCGGCCACCAAGAACGCCUCGCUCCACGUCCUCCUGCACUGA